AUGGACGGGGUUACAAGGUGUGAAUGUCUUCCAGAAUUUUCACUUGUUAUUCCAGGCAAUUGGAGCUCAGGAUGUGAGAGGAAUUUUUUCAUGGGAGGUUGUAAAGACAUGGAUCAAAAUGUCAGUUAUAAAAUUAAAUCACUGGAUAAUACAGUGUGGGAAGAUACUUAUUAUGCGCUUUCAAAAAAUACGACGACUAAAGAAGACUCUGAAAAUGCUUGUUUAGAGGACUGCAACUGUGAUGCAGCUCUCUUUAUCGAUGGAAUCUGCAGAAAGCAAAAGCUUCCAUUGAGAUACGGAAGAAGAUUGCAGGGUGAUGAUUCAAACGUUACUCUUGUCAAGGUGAGUAUACGUUCAUCCUUUACACGGAGUUCCUAA